AUGCAAAGAAACACCGACCUCACAUUUGAGCAAAACUCCAGAAAGAUGAGGGCGAGAGCCCUACCAAUACUUGGGGAAGGAGCCCGGCAGAGCCCUGACCCCUCACCCCCUCACCCCCUCACCCCGGCCCCUCUGGGCAACGUCACGGCUCUGGCUUUUACCCACUCGGGUCGCGAUAGGAACCCAAGGCAGGGUCCUCAGCAAAGGAGUGACAAGGUCUUCGCCCCUUCGGGAGGAAUCAAAUCCACCGCCAGCAGAAGCAAGUCCAGCAGCGAGCGCCCGUCUCCAGAAAUAAAUGCAUCACAAGCACGACUGAUUCCAACUCAGUGCGGCUGGGCGUCAUCUUCACCUCGCGGGGCUGUGCUCCCCCUCCGCAGCGACGACACGCAGACAGGCGUGAAGUCCGGCUCUCAAAAGGAGAAAGGUGCACGAUACAUCCAUCCACCCGGGGGGCACACACUUCAGGAAUGCCCCGUCGCCGUCGCUUCGCCCGCGUCCUCGGCGUGGCCGCCCGCAGCGGGGCUCCCCGAGGCUGAGGACGGCGCGCGGGGACUCCGAGCG